CAUUAUUGUCAGAAAUUAAAAGCUGAUUUAUUUAUCCCCGCGUGUAAUUUAAUGCUCUUAUAAGUUUCAAUUUUGUCGUGUUUUCUGAUUGCGUGCUACGCAAUCUACCUAUCAUAUUUAUCAUCAUCCAGUCAAUUUAUUAGAAGCAGAUAAUCGAAUUUACGGUAACGUCGGUGAUUCAUAUUUCUUGAAAAUGGCGGAAGAGAUUAGCAAAAACGGCCUCGGUUCAUCUUCCAAAUCUAGAAGCUUCUGGUCUGCACUUCGUUGGAUUCCUACUUCUACCGAUCACAUCAUCGCUGCCGAGAAACGCCUUCUCUCCAUUAUCAAGACUGGGUAUGUUCAAGAGCAUGUUAAUAUAGGCUCCGGUCCUCCUGGGUCCAAAGUAAGAUGGUUCCGUUCAUCCAGCGAUGAGCCACGGUUUAUCAACACUGUUACAUUUGACAGUAAACCUGAUUCUCCUACGCUUGUCAUGGUUCAUGGAUAUGCUGCUUCACAGGGUUUCUUCUUUCGCAAUUUUGAUGCUCUUGCCUCUCGUUUCCGAAUCAUUGCUGUUGAUCAACUUGGAGUGCUUAUUGAGCUUAGUUAGGUACUUUACUAGUUGGGGAGGAUCAAGCAGGCCUGAUUUCACAUGCAGAAGUACUGAAGAAACUGAGGCAUGGUUCAUUGAUUCUUUUGAGGAAUGGAGAAAAGCCAAAAACCUAAGCAAUUUCAUACUACUUGGACAUUCUUUUGGCGGUUAUGUUGCUUCCAAGUAUGCGCUCAAGCACCCCGAGCAUGUACAACACUUAAUUUUGGUGGGACCCGCUGGGUUUUCUUCAGAAUCAGAUGCGAAGUCUGAGUUUAUUACAAAGUUUCGAGCAACAUGGAAGGGAGCAGUUCUGAACCAUCUAUGGGAAUCUAAUUUUACACCUCAAAAACUUGUCAGAGGUUUAGGUCCUUGGGGUCCUAAUAUGGUCCGCAAAUAUACAAGUGCUAGGUUUGGUACACAUUCAACUGGGCAAACACUGACUGAAGAGGAAUCAAGUUUACUAACAGAUUAUGUUUAUCAUACUUUGGCGGCCAAAGCUAGUGGGGAGUUGUGUUUAAAAUAUAUUUUUGCAUUUGGAGCAUUUGCUAGGAUGCCCCUUCUUCACAGUGCUCCAGAGUGGAAGGUGCCCACUACUUUCAUAUAUGGUUACCAAGAUUGGAUGAAUUAUCAAGGUGCCCAAGAAGCUCGCAAGCAAAUGAAGGUUCCAUGUGAAAUUAUCAGGGUCCCUCAGGCCGGACAUUUUGUGUUCAUCGACAACCCAAGUGGCUUCCAUUCAGCUGUGUUUUAUGCUUGUCGAAGGUUUCUUUCACCAGAUCCGGACAAUGAAUCUCUUCCUGAAGGACUAUCAUCUGCAUAGGAUAUAGUUUUGCAGCUAUACUGUGUAUAUAUUUUUUUGUUUAUUCACUAAUCAAAUUUUAUAGUUGAAUGAAGCCCGUGCUUCACAUUAAAGGGGUAUUUCCUGGAAAUAUAUUUAAUUGUAAUUUCAAUAAAAAAAUGAUUUGUAGGCGAACCUGAACUUUCAUUACAGUAACAUAUUCUGUUAAAAUCUGGUGGGCAUGGGACAAACUUAUGCUGUCAAAUAUGAACGAGUCAUUUGUAAUAUUAGAACAAAUAUUGUUUACGAGAAAGAUAUCUUCUAAUGUAUACCCAUAAUCACAGUCCCCAC